AUGCUAAAGACAGAUAAUGAACGCAAAAGAAAUUUAAAUGGGGAACAUAAUGAUGGAACUGUUGAGAUAGCAGGCCAAGAAUCGAGUGUGGUGUAUGAUCCACCACAUCUACUUAAUGGCCUUAGAAAUAACCUGCUUACCAAAGAUAUGGUUAUCAAAGGCAAGGUUGCUUCUUGGAAAGAUAUCUUGACAGUAUUCAAAGCUGAUUGCCAACUAGGCCACAGAAGAAUGAACAAAAAACUAACUGAGCACCACCUUUAUUCCGACAAAAUGAAAAAAAAUAAGGCUUAUUUAUUUUUUUGUGUUUCGCGAGAGAUGAUGUUCAGAAAUUGCGAAAAAAGUCAUCUCAUCGCAAGGAUGUAA